GUGCGUCUGUGUGAGCGGCGAGCGCGAUGCAUGUCUGCUCCAUUCCGCUCUCCCUUGUACAAUACGACGCUGCACUCGCACUCUGCCGUGCGGAUGGAUCGCUGGCGCUGGAUAGGCCAGCCCCCUUGACACAAUAUGGAGUAUGGACGGCCGUAUUCCUGGAAUGACGCCGUCGUGUCACGGCCUGCUGCCUGCAUGCCAGCACACAGCGUGGAGCAGAUCAAACAGCACUCAUGCAUCAGCCAGGCACGAACCACAUGCAACAGGUUCCUCUGCGUUUCCGAGAUUGCUAUGGUUAUUGCUAGAGAGUAUAACUUAUACUCUCUCUUCCACAGUCCCAUUUUGAUUUCCGUUCUUGUUGUAACAUAUCCAGGCAUCAUUGAGCCAUCUUGUCACCAUCAUUAGAGUGUUGUUGAUCCAGUGUUACUGAAAGGGGAAAACCCGUACAUCGGGCAGAAAAACCAGAUUCAGCGAUGACCAGCGCAUCCGUGGCCCGCGGCGGCCCGCUGGACGCCCUGAAAGACGAGCCCUCCGACAGCGACGUCUCCCCCCGCCGCAGCCUUCGUUCCGCCACGCGCAAACCCUCCGAACCGCCGCUCAAGCGCGAACCCAUCGUGGAGUACGCCCCGGCCCCCGUCGACGAUCCCGACUCCCCCGUGGACUUCAGCAACAAGGGCUCGGUGGAGCGCGACGAACAGGAAGGGGGCACUGUCAUGGAGCCCCCGGGGGCGGCGGGCAGCGACACCACGCGGCGCACCUUCGUCUGCGACCUCUGCCACAAGCACUUCUCCAACGCGGCCAACAUGCGCCGCCACCGCAUCCGGCAUUCGGGCGUCAAGCCCUUCGAGUGCAAGUUCUGCCAGAAGAAGUUCUUCCGCAAAGAUCACAUGCGGGAGCAUAUGGCGCAUAAGCAUAACACCGUCCAGCAGUUGGAGUGCUACUUCUGUCAGGAGGGCUUCGAGAAGGAGAAGGAUCUCAUCCAGCACGUGAUCCACGCGCACAACGUCAACUCGCGCGAACUCCACUGCCACAUUUGCGCCUUCAGUGCGCCCACCAUCGGACGCUAUCUCUGGCAUCUCAGCAACUCCCAUCCCCGCAAACACAUCACGUAUCAUCCCUACAACGGUCCCAACGCGGAUGCUGCGCCUACCAUGACGACCGUCAGUGCCAUGCCCAAAAUCAGCAAGGUAUUUUCCCGGAAACGUCGGGCGGUGGAGGAGCCCAGUCCCCCGACAGAUAACGGCGAUGUGGAUGGCGAGGACAGCGGGAGCAGUGUGAAGCAAGAUGACGAGAUGGCGGAGAACAACACCAUUCCGCCGGCACUCCCGGAAUUCGGGACGGGACCCGGCAGCGUCAAGUACGUCAGUCUGUUGAAUCGCCGACUGCUGGACAGUGGUGGCGAGGGCACGGGCAGCGAGGGGAAUUUGUAUCUGCUGGUGGCCAAUCAAGCGGGACAACCGCGACAACAGGACGGCAAUGGAGGAAUGGAAUGGAAAGCCAGCAGCAGCCGCCGCAAAACCACGAUGCCGGUGCGUCGCGUCCACUCGCCGACCGAGGACGACGCCGAUCCGGGCGAGAAGCGCGAACACCCCGACACCGCCGACCAGACCGACCGCGAGACGGCAGACCCCGUCCCGCCGCCUCCGUCCGCCAGCGGCACGGACGCCGGCUCCGUCAACGGGAAGGCCGGUCCGGAGCACAAGUGCCCCUACUGCCUGAUCGUGUACCCCGACAACGUCAUGUAUCUCCUGCACAAGAUGCUGCAUUCCCGUAAUCAGCCGUACAAGUGCGCCGUCUGCCAGCAUCUCUAUCCCAAUCGCUACGAGUUCUACGCGCACAUCGUCAAUCAUCGGCCGUGAACGAGAGAGAGGAAGAGAAAAAGCGGGAUAUUUAUUUUUUGUAUAAUUGAGCAUUCCAUGUUUGGUGUUGUGUGGAGAAGGUGUGGGUGUGGAGUGUGGAUGGUGGGUGUUUGUUUGGCGGAGAAUUUCCAGUAUUUUUUGUGGAAUUUAAUUGUUUAUUUUUUCUUUGGGAAAUGACCAUAUUUUUCUGGCCUUUUGGGACGCGGUGCAAUAAUCCGAUUAAUAAAUUUGAAUGGUAUUUGGAAUCCGAAUAAAAUUGCUGUUU